UAAAGGGCUCCCCGGCGCCUCUUCCGGAGCGGAGGUAGUCAUGGCGGCCGCUCUGGCUCGGCUCGGACUGCGGCCAGUCAAGCUGGUUCGAGUUCAGUUCUGCCCGUUUGAGAAGAACGUGGAGUCGACGAGGACCUUUCUCCAGGCGGUGAGCAGUGAGAAAGUCCGCUCCACCAAUCUCAACUGCUCGGUGAUCGCCGACGUGAGGCACGAUGGCUCCGAGCCCUGCGUGGACGUGUUAUUCGGAGAUGGGUAUCGGCUGAUUUUGCGCGGCGCCCACCUCACGGCUCAGGAAAUGUUAAGUGCUCUGGCCUCCCACAUCCAGGUCAGGAACGCGGCAGCGACAUCGUCUGCACCCAAGGCAGCCAAACCCGGCCCAGGUUCGGGUACCCGGCGCUGACAUUGCAGAAGAGUCCAGCAACACAAUGUUAGUUUGGAACUUAAGACAGUUAUCUAAGAAGAGGCAGGCUUAAUGACUCACAGUGCUGCAUGGAGGUCACGAAACAGCCUGAAGCUGUGAGAACUCUACCACUUAACAGUGCUUGUGGGGCAGGAAAAGUAAGACUGGGUGGUGAAGGGACUGGACAGAUUUGAGUUUUGCUUUCUCACUUUCUCUCACUGCUUAAACAUACGUGAAUUUGGCUUCAUCUAUCACCCAAGUACCUUUCAUUAAAUAUUUAUUGCCAAAUGAA